AUGAAGCGUAAAUUAUGUGCGACACCGCAUUUCAAUUGUGAAGACGUAAUGGAGGAGCUCAAUGUGACAACUCUAUCCCAACGAAAGGAAUCUGUUGCUCCGCUCACAGGUGACAGGGACGGAGGAAUUUUUCGGAACGGGUUUUCAUACCCCCUAGCCGUCGUGCUAAGACUUCGUGUAUUGCAGAUAGUCUGCGGGAUAUCAGCGAUGGUGAUGGGUAGCGUAGCGUUUAUAGAGGAACGUCAAAAAUUUAAUAUGGGUCUGGGAAUACCGGCUGGUUGUUUCAGUGUUAUAGCUGCAGCUGUAUCAAUACAUACAACGCGAGGUUGGAGUGCAAUGACUGGAACGAUGGUUGGGGCGGGAGCGGCGAGCGUUCUCUGGGCGGCCGCGGGUUGUUUGCUCGUCGCUCUAAUUGUGCAAUGCUGUAGAACAAUUUUAUAUCCAACGGGCGCUGAUUACGAUGAUGGGUUGCUGGACGAGGAUUCAAGACCAUCAUCGCGGGAUUUAGUCGUGAUAGCCUGUGUACAGAUCGCUUUAGCCGCCAUUACACUCCUCAGUGCAGCUGUUUGCGCGCGUAUUGAUUGUGGGGCAUGA